AUGAUGAACGCGACCACGCAAAGUAGAAGUAGCUGCCCGAUCUGGGAGUCGAGGCCGGAGUCUGGGCCCGGCUCCAGACCAUACGAUCCCGAGCCCUCAUACAUAAAUGGCAUAAUAUUAUAUUGUAUCUUAGGGAUGCGGGAACUUUUCAAGCUGCCUUGGGCUGGCGCCACCAACAUUCAACAGCAGCUUGGGGCGGCGGCUGCAGAUCGGCUCCAAAUCGCACAGGUCCAGGUUGCAGCUCCACUCCAACCACUUCGGCCACUCCGACCACAGGCAUCAAUAGCACCACCGACGAAGACCAAGACUACGACCAAGACCAAGACCAAGAAGAUCCGAGCACGUUAA